GAACCACUCAAGACAAAUCUUCAAGAACUAGAACAAAUAAAGUGUAUACCAAUCUACAAGGAAAAGAUAAACUCUAUUUUAGAAGAAGCAAGAAUCUUAGCAGAAGAAGAAAAAGAUCAAUACCCAGAAGAUCAAUCACUUUGUAAUUCCUGGCCAUGGGCAUUCAGAAGAAUUAAUUAG